AUGCCGACGUCUUUAGUGAAGGAGUCAGAUGUAGAUGUGCUUGUUAUAGGCGCAGGGCCAGCAGGGCUCAUGUGUGCCAAUGGUUUAGCCAAGGCUGGCAUCAAAGUGAGAAUUGUUGAUCAGCGACCGGGCGAUUUACUGGCAGGCAGAGCUGAUGGUCUACAGCCGCGCACUCUAGAGGUAUUGCAGAGUUAUGGCCUUGCUGAGCGGGUCUUCAAAGAAGCCAACCAGAUGCACAUGGCCGCGUUCUACAAUCCCAGCCCUAACGGUGGAAUCGAGCUCACUGAUCGGGCCCCGGAUGUGACAGCUCCAACUGCACGCUAUCCCUUUGAGUGCACGCUGCACCAGGGAGCCAUAGAAGCUAUCUUUCAUGACUCCAUGCGCUCGAUGGGUGUGCAAGUGGACAGACCAACCAUACCGGAGUCAAUCCAGAUAUCGCAGGACGGAGACGUGUUGAAGGACCCCGAGGCUUAUCCCGUCCGAGUCGUGCUAAAACACUUACGAACGGCAGAUGGGGAGAUAGAUACAGAAGUGGUUCAUGCCAAAUUCGUGGUCGGUGCUGAUGGUGCCCACUCAUGGGUUCGGAAGUCCCUGGGGAUUCAGAUGGAAGGAGAACAAACCGAUUUCGUCUGGGGUGUUGUGGAUCUAGUCCCAGACACCGACUUUCCUGAUAUCCGCAAUAGAUGCGCCAUUCAUUCGAAUAACGGCUCUUGCAUGAUCAUCCCAAGGGAAGGGGAUAAAGUCAGGCUUUACAUACAGCUCGGCCACACCGAUGCUGUGGACUCUACAAAUGGAAGAGUUGAUAUGAGCAAGACCAGUCCGUACAAAUUGAUGGAGGUUGCGAAGACAUCAUUGCAGCCAUUUUAUAUCAGAAACACUGGCGACAUCGACUGGUGGACGAUAUACAUCAUCGGUCAACGCGUCGCUUCAAGAUUCUCUGUCAAUAACCGUGUGUUCAUCGCUGGAGAUGCUUGCCAUACGCAUUCACCAAAGGCCGGUCAAGGCAUGAAUGCUAGUAUGAACGAUACUCAUAAUCUAGUUUGGAAACUGACAUAUGUUCUACGUGGCUGGGCUGACAUGUCCCUCUUGGAUACCUACGAAUUCGAACGGCGUAAAUACGCCCAAGAUUUGAUCAACUUCGAUAAGAAAUUUUCUGCCCUGUUCUCUGGAAAGCCGCGAACGCAGGAAUAUCAAGAUGGCGUCUCCCACGAGGAAUUUAAGAAAGCGUUCCAAACGUUCGGUGGAUUCACCAGCGGCAUCGGCAUCAGAUACGCGGAAUCCUUGAUCACGAAUUGCAAAUACCAGGACUAUGCGAGCAAUCUGAAGAUUGGCCGACGCAUGCCCCCGCAAGUUCUGCUUCGUGCUGCCGACUCGCGGCCGGUCGAGCUCCAGGAUCUCUUGCCGUCAGAUACUCGCUUCAAAUUCUUGCUGUUCACCGGAGAUAUAUCUUCUCCUCUGCAGCAAGGCAAACUUUCCGAGCUCUCGCAGCGACUUGGCAGACCUGAGGGGCUCCUUGACCCUACCCUUGUAGGAAGUCGCCGUUCGAUGCUGGAGGUCCUUACCAUCGGCGUAGGAAGUAAGUGGACGGUGAGGUACACCGACGUACCACCUUUAUUCCGCUCGCACUGGUCGAAAGUACUCAUAGAUGACUCAGACCCCCAUGAACGAUCGGGAGGCAAGGCAUAUACUUCCUUUGGUAUUAAUCCUUCCGGAGCAAUAGUCAUCGUACGACCCGAUGGCUACGUCGGAAUGGUGGCGCCGUUCAUUGCUGUCGAUGAUAUCGAACAAUACUUUGACUCUUUCGCAGCAAAGGAGUGA